AUGCCUGGAGCCAGUGCUGUCAACGUGGACGGGUCCUGUGAGACCCUGUGUCGAACCUUGGUGUCUCAGAACGGUCUUCAGAGAGAGACGGCUGACAUCUCCCAGUCUGUCCUCUACACCUCACUGAUGGGUCUGCUCCUGGUUGCUGACAAGAAAGAACAGCCGACCAUAGGAAGUGGGAGGAUCGGCCUUAGAAACAUAGGAAACACAUGUUUCCUGAACGCAGUGGUCCAGUGUUUGUCUCACACUCACGCCCUGCGGGACUACUGCCUCCUCAAGUCCUACAGGCAUGAGAAGUUUUCCACAGAGGAGGCUAAGCUCAUGGAAGCUUUCUCUCAGGUGCUCUCAGGCCUCUGGGACGUCAACGAGGAAACCGUUGUAAAUCCUCAACAGUUGUACAACAUUUUUAAAGAAGUGGUGCCUUAUUUCAGUGGUUACAGUCAACAAGAUGCUCAGGAGUUCCUCAGGUUCCUCUUAGACAAACUUCACUCAGAAAUCAACCGCAGACCCAACAUCCGAAGAACGGGGAAGGAGCUGGAACAAAAAUAUGCCAGAAUUAGACUUUCAGAGGAGGCAGCCAUGUGGAAGAAGCACUUGGAGAGAGACGACAGCAGGAUAGUAGAUUUGUUCUCGGGACAGCUGCAGAGUUCAUUGCAUUGCUCAGUGUGCUCACACUAUUCCAACACCUUUGAUGUGUUCUGUGAUCUGUCGCUGCCCAUUCCCAAGAGGAAUUCUGCAAGCCAGGUGACACUGAAGGAGUGUUUGGACCACUUCACUCAGGAGGAGAAACUAGACAAGGAGAACUCACCUAUGUGUGAGAGGUGUAACAGACACACAGAAUGCACCAAGCGGCUGUCCAUCCACAGGUUUCCCCAAAUUAUUGUGAUGCAUCUGAAUCGUUUUACAACGUCCCGGUGGUCGAUCAGUAAAAGCACAGUCUUCGUAUCCUUCCCGCUCACAGACUUGGAUCUUGGACCGUACGGACCUGUCGACUGUGGCCCAGUUCUGUAUGAUUUGUACGCAAUAUGCAACCAUGCUGGUUCAGUCAAUAUGGGCCACUACACUGCCUGCUGUUCAGAUGAGAAUGGCUGGUGCUUCUACAACGAUUCCAGUGUGACUCCAGUUUCUGAGAACCAGCUUCAGACCAAUCAAGCCUAUGUGCUGUUCUACCAGCGCAGCAACAGCACUGCCACCAUCAGGAAAUAGAGCUGAGACUGGCUGAAUCGAGCAGCCAAUCACGGCGACUUUACUUCAAGUAUCCAUAGAAACAAACAGAAGCAGCAGUGGCUGUAACUCUGACAUCUGUGAAAUAAUGUUUGAGGAGGA